UAAUUAUUAGUAUGGGUUAAUAAAUACGUGUAAUUGUUAAGUUUUAAGUGUACAUACAUAAUUCAUAAUAAUAAAUAAUUUAUCUGCCUGUCAAAAUCUCCAGUCAUGGAUGAGGAUAAAUUCGCUUUAGUAGAAAAAAUACUCAAAGAUGUCGAUAAUAUCCUGUCGAAGAACGCUGACUUGUGUUCGUUCGACAUUGUGCCCGUGGACUGCAAUUUUCAGAAUAAAUCACCAGUUUUGCUUUUGGAAAACUGUCUAGGCUUGGAAUCCUGGUGUAUGAAGCAUGUUUACAUGUACUGCUACUCGGAAUUAAUGGACAAAUACUUUGUAAAGCCAAAACGGAAAUCUGCCAAAUCAUCUGUUAACUCUGAGCGUUUGGAAAAGCUGCUUAAUGUGACAUUACUUUUAAAUCCAGAGUUGAGUACAUUCUGGAAUAAGAGGAAGGAGCUGGUACUAAGGUUACUGCUGGAUAAGACUGCUGAGCUACGGUUUACAAAAUUAGUUUUGUCAAGAAAGCCAAAGUGUAAUGAUGCAUUUUCUCAUAGGAGAUGGAUAUUGGAAGCCAUUUUGAAAGAUCAAAAUCUUCAAACAAAUGAUAUUGAGAUGUUGAUCAAUGAAGAGCUCCACAUUUGCCAAUUAUCUUCAGACAGGAGUCCCAACAACUACCACAGCUGGAAUCACCGGACUUGGCUACUCCAGACGCUUAAACUAGUUGAAAAGAAGUUUGAUCUUAAUUACCUCUAUGUCAAAGAAUACAAUUUCUCCGCAGGAUGGGUGUCAAAGCACAUUUCAGAUUUUAGUUGCUUCCAUUACAGACAAUUCUGUAUUAAGAAUAUAUUUGCUAUAACCAAUGAACAAUGGAAGUCAUUUGAGGCUUCUAUAGAUGUGAAUCUUCGUAAAAGUUUUGUUAGAGUAUUAGCAAUGCAUUUCCCUAAAGACGCAACCAUGCAGGCGUCGGAAGAGGAUUUAAUUUCAUACUCCGAAGAAAACCUUAUUAAAUUACUUCUAUGUUAUUCUUCAAAGAGUUGUGAUUGUAUUGCCGAUAAUGUUCUUUUGUGUCGGAAGUUGGAAAUUUUAUUUCAUGAACUCGUCUUAAAUAAUGAGUUAGUGAGAUUUUAUAAAGGCCAUGAAACACUUUGGUAUCAUCGGAGAUUUAUAAUACAUGAGAUUUUGUCUUCCAUGCAUGAUCAUUUUGGAGUAGUCAGGUUAAAUGGGGUGUUAGUGAAGGAUGUCUGCAGAAAUUGCAAUCAUGAUGAGUUAAGGCAGAAACAGGCAAAAAUUGUCAGGUAUGACAGCAAUCGUAUAUAUUGUUGUGUGCUAUUUAAUGUAUUAUCAAGGCAUGAGCAGGAGUUUAUUGAAGAGAGGCAGAAGGAAUGUGACAAUUAUGCCGGCAGGCAUGAAAAGUAUUUAAAGUUUGUUGAAGGUCUCAAUAAUGUCAUGUAGAUGAUGAUGAUGAUGUAAGCUAUUGCCAAUAUGCGUGAAGAGAGUUAUGAAAUGGAAAUAUUAUCUGAAAAUUUUCCUUGGGCAUUUUAAUGUUGAAAAGUCUCAGCUAAAAUGGUAAGUAAACAACUUAUAGUAAUAAAUAUGUAGUUAUUUUCCAGUAGUAUCAAAGUAAUAUUUUGUAAAAUUGUAUUUAGAAUGGUUUACCUGAUUACUAAAUCAUAGUCACAAUCUUAUUCGGGAAGAGACACAUAGUGUCUGAUCAAAGCCAAGAGCACGCCAGAUGCGUGUGCUUAGACGUGCACGCUCACGUGCACUAAAAUAUUGAAGACGUGAAUGCACACGUCACUCAAGCGUAGGGCUGCCAUCUCUAAAUUCGCCGAACACGGACAAAGACUUAAAAAACCCGGACAUUUGGCGAAAAUCUCAUUUUUUCCCCGGACGUGUAUUUAUACCGCUUUUACCUACUUGGUACACAAUAAUGCCGGUAAAUAAUUAAAUUCAAUAAGGUGUUACCUCACAUAAAACGUGUCCGGACACUUUGAAAACACCCCCGGACCCCGGACGGCUUCCAAACUAGGACAAAUCCGGGGAAACUGAACAGUUGGCAGCCCUACUCAAGCGGUGUGCAGUCUCAUAUAAAGAUCUAUACGUUCAUUAAAAUGCACACGUGCACGUGCACGUCUACGCACACGCAGUGUGCAAAUGCCAUGGAAGUAAAGUAGGUUUAUAACUAAUUUUACCCUUUAGAAUCGUAAUAAAAUUUCCUCCUAUACCUAUAUUUAAGACUAUAUUGGAAUUAUUAUAUGCAUUUGUACAUACGGUUUUAAUUAGAUUUAGUAUUUUAUUUAUACACGACAUCAUAAAAAUGCAGCUUUAGUUAUAUCAUAAUAUACAUUUUACGUGUGUAACGAUUGAAUUUAAACUUUUGUGCGCCAAACGAUAACCGUUACCCAAGGCUCGGAUCCGGUUUUUUCUUCAUAUAAAAAAUACCGGUAUUAUUACGUUCUUUGGUUUAUUAUUUCAUUAUUAACGGGACAAUCAAAAAAUUACGAAGUUGUUACUUAAAUACAUGAUUUAGUCCUACGUAAAGAGCAUAAAAUAAUUAAAAAUAUUGGGCUAUUUUGGGAUUAAAAAAAAACCGGUUCCGAGCCCUCCGUCGACCACGAAUGGCGUCAUAGCAAUAUACUAAAAGGGGUAUUUUAUUAAUUAUUGUAAUUUGAUGGCAUACUUUUUUAUGGAGAAUAUUAAUGAUAUAGGUACCUAAAUACUCGUAGAGCAAUAAUAACAGAAGGUACCUGUCAAAUAAACUUGUAGUUUUGUAUUGCAAAGUUUGAUCGAUAACCCUGGACGUCAUAUGACGUCGUGGCUUUUUGUUAACGUGAUUGGAUUUUUUUGGCGAUAUAAAAAUAUUUGAAUUUUUUUUUUUAAAUUACUAUUAUUAAAUGUAUUUCAUUAAUAAAGCCCUUGAGUUAGGUGUUGAUAAAUAAUAUGGACUGAAGCCACUGAAGGAUCGGUUCACAUCCAUGCAAAGGUUGUCUAGAAGAGAUCGUUUUUUAGCAAUAGAACCGCCAGUUGUUUAUCUCUACUUACCUACCUACUUAAUUUUUUGUAUUGCUUUCUUUUAUUGAAGUAUGCAAUAAAUAUAUUUUAUUGUAUUACUUAUAAUAAUAUCAAAGAUAUAUGUAACUCCGUAUGAGAUAAAUAAAGUCUAAGAAAAAAACGAGCCUCGGAAAUCAAGAAAAAGUCAUUCUCGAAUAGAUGGCGCCAUACCUUUGGCCUAUUCUCGGCUAGACACUGUUUGAUAUUUAACAAUUUUAACACAUAUCAGUGAAAGAACAUGGGUCACUAUGGAACAAUAAAAAUUAAAAAUCGGGCAAGUGCGAGUCGGACUCGCGCACGAAGGGUUCCGUACCAUAUAAAAAAAAAAAACAAAAAAAAAAGCAAAAAAAAAAAAAACGGUCACCCAUCCAAGUACUGACCACUCCCGACGUUGCUUAACUUUGGUCAAAAAUCACGUUUGUUGUAUGGGAGCCCCAUUUAAAUCUUUAUUUUAUUCUGUUUUUUGUAUUUGUUGUUAUAGCGGCAACAGAAAUACAUCAUCUGUGAAAAUUUCAACUGUCUAGCUAUCACAGUUCCUGAGAUACAGCCUGGUGACAGACGGACGGACGGACGGACGGACGGACGGACGGACGGACGGACAGCGAAGUCUUAGUAAUAGGGUCCCGUUUUACCCUUUGGGUACGGAACCCUAAAAAUCAUUUAUCCGUAAACAUAUUUUGAUUAAUUUAUACAUUUCAAUUUUAUUUUAAGUUUUAAUCGUGUGUCGAUAGAUGGCAGUAAAUGUACCGUGACUACAAAAUUUACUGUGGCAAUAGCCCUGUAUACUAUCUAUUCUCUUUGAUAAUAUACAAUCAUCAUCAUCAUUAUAUGAUUCGAAGAAAAAUCUUCCAAAAUCCAUCUAAUUAGACAAAAAAAUAAUCAAAUUAUAUGCGUUGAUUUUAAUAUAAAGACAUUGAUAACUAGAAUAAAUAAGUACCUGUCAUGUAUUGGUUUUAUUAAACCUUGAAGAAAUAAGCAAGUCUAACCCAUUUAGCGCUAAUCAAGCCUUGUUACGGGUGUGUACCUAAUGAUCGCUAUAACAAUAAAUGAUAUAUUUCCAUUCGAUAUAACAACAUAUGGUAUAAUUUUGAAAGAUAUAUCACUAAGGUAAUAUAAUCAAUAAUGUGUAUACCAACAAGAGGAAUACUUUUAUAUUGU